AUGGAGGGCGGCUGGAGGGUGACCAUCACCUCUGACCUGACUUCUGCGUUCCCAGUGCUCCUGCAGCUCUCCCCCAAAGAGACUGAGGCUAUCUGGGAUGCUGUAUCCGAGUACAUUCUGGAAGAGCUGAAGCAGGAUAAGGGCGUUCAGGUUGCGGGACUCGGGACCUUUGCUGUUGUCCAAGAGCAAUUCCAUGGCAAACAAGAGCUGCUCUUGGUUCGAAGACCUUUCUUCCAGCUGGACAUCGAUGAGUUGUGGCUGGAGGAGAUCUACUGUCCCACUGAGAUCCUCCCUGAUGGCGUCAAGAUUGAGCCGCUGAACUACGUGCAGCUAUCGCAAGCCACCUCCUUCCCACUGCACGUGGUGAAGAACUGUGUGCAAGAGACCAUCCUCUUGUACUGCUUCCUCCUGAGGAGCAAGGAGCACGUCCCCUUUGGCUUCAGGGACAUUGGUGUUUUGACGUGCGAAGACGGUUUCCUGUGCAUGAAGUUUUAUCUGGACUGUGUCAAACGUCUAGAGAGCACUGCGGGCCUGGUUGCACUGCUCCACAGUAGAAUGUGGCCGGCACAUCUGACUGCCUUCAGUGGAGAGACCACCGCUCGUGGGAUCCAGAUGUUCCCAAGGUUUCAUCUGACUGUGAGGAGAAGGCCAGAGGCCAAAGUUUCCACCACCUCGCAGGAGGAAGCUGCAGGAGAGAGCAGGACCAGAAGAGUUUCAGAGUGCCAUCCUGACAACCUGCUGCAGAGGAGGAAGAAGCUUUCCCUCCCCAUGCUGACAAGCUGGGAGCCAGGCACAAGGCAGCAAGAUCUGGAGAAGAAGCCUUCUACCAGUGUGCUCCCCCCGUGUCCAGGCAGCUCCCCCGGGACGAAGAAGGCAGACAGGCAGGAAACAGCUCCUCGAGCCAAGUCCACCACCACUGCGCUCCCUGCUCCUGAAGCCUCCAGGAGAGUGCUGCAGGUACCUGCUCUGCCUUGCGGCAAUGACCGUGCUGUUUGGGCCUGUACAAAAGCCUCUUUGUGUGGAGCGAUCCCGAGCAGGUCCCUUGGGAUGCGUUCAUUUUCACAUUUGUUACCUCCUUCAUCUCUUCCUCAGGAGACGGAAGGUGGCGUCCCGCACACCUUCCCUGCCUCUUACUGCCUCCCGUGUUGCCAUGAGCCACUUCAUUUUGACCAGGGGCCAUGGAAAAGGAACAAGGCCUUUCUGGGUCAUUGAUGGCAGAGGGCUUUGGUCACCGCGGGCUGUUCAGCUGUGUUUGUCACGAGUUGAGGAGCCUGGCCUAGCUUCAGGGCCCCUCAUCCUUGAGGGUCGAAGCACUGCUGACAGACCGGCUGAGGCGAGGGGGCAGGAGUGCGGGUUAGGCCUGAGGGACAGCUGAGACCAAUCCUGUCUGCUGUUGUGUUUGUUUUUUGUUUUUUUUCCUCCAGGAGGUCUGGAACCUGUCUUCGCAGUGGGACCAAACAGACAGCUCAUGGCCCACGUACCAAAAGCUACAAGAGCAAGCCCGGGCAGAAAUGGCUGCGUGGGAAGCCUGGUCUGAGGGGGAGGACCAACAGAUA